GGGUACCAAGAAUUGAACUCAGGGGCACUCAACCACUGAGCCACAUCACAAACUCUAUUUCGUAUUUUAUUUAGAGAAAGGAUCUCACUGAGUUGUUUAGCACCUCACUUUUGCUGAGGCUGGCUUUGAACUCAGAAUCCUCUUGCCUCAGCCUCCAGAGCUGCUGGGAUUACAGGUGGACAUCCCCCUGCCCAGUACUUAGAGGGUUUUUAAAAACACAGAUACAAAUUUAAAACACCAAGUGUUUGUAACUUCUAAUUUGCUGGGAUUUUCAUUCUAGCUUUGGCUUAACUCUUAUGGUUUCAUGCAUUGCCCUCCCAGGAGCUACACUCAAUGAGUCUGACCCUGGGACACAUUGCCUGUCCUUAUAGGCCUUCCUUUGAAAUCUUGAUUCAAGCCUCCAUUAUUCUUUCAUUCCUUCAUGCCUACAACACUAGCACCACAUGGACAACACCAGGUGUGCCACUAGCUCAAGCAGUAGUGGACCCCUUGGAUCAUAGCAGCAGUAGCCUCUGGGUGCCACGGCAACUGACAAUGAUGAAACUAAUCCUGGGAAAACAACUUUUUAGGCAGUCCUAUGGGAGCAGGGUACUCCUGCCAUCACUUCUCAAAGCAAAGUCUUUCAAACAAAUUUUCACUUUUAUAUACAUGAGUCUGGGAUGAGUGGGACUUGCUGAUUCCCAAGAUGCCAUCAAGGCCACUUUCCUGUUGUCUCCAGGCAAAGUAGUUGGUUUCUCUUCAGUGGCACUAAUGUCUUCAGCAACCAUAACUUCCUUGAACCAAAUUUUACAUGGGCUUUUCUAGCUAAAAUGCAAGUUUUUUGAAUGUUUCUUCUCUGCUUUCUGCUUGUGAUUACCACAGUAAACCUGGCUAAAAGUACCCAGCAAUACAAAUGCUACUGUCUGAAUUGAAAUUUCCUCCACCAGAUAAACUAGUUCAUCACCUUUAAACCCAGCCUCACAUAAAACCUCAGGAUAUGAAAAAAAAAUGUUGAUAUGUUCUUUACCAGAAUGUACAUGAGUGGCCUCUAAUCCAGUUCCCAGAAGAGUCCUUAUUCCCCUCUGGAACCUCAGGAGCACACUCUUUAUUGUCUCCAUUCAUAUCAGUAUUCUGGUCUUCUGAGCUCACACAAGCAUCAUCAUUAAACUUGGCUUACAACACCAUAAGGCUUCUUUAGCCUGCAUCUCUAAACUUUUCCAAAAUCCUCUCACAAACUAUCUCUACAGGUUUCUGAACCACAUGGUCAGGAUCGUCACAGCAAUGAUUAACCCCAGUUCUUGGUACCAAUUUUGUUAUUAGCUUUUCCUCACUGUGGCCCCAGACACCUGACAAGAACAACUUAGAAGAGGAAAGAUUAAUUUUGGCUCAUGAUUUUGGAGGUUUCAAUCCAUGAUUGUUUGGAAGGCUCCAUUACUUGGGACCUGAGUUGAGACAGAACAUUAUGACAGAAGGGAAUAGUGGAGGAAAGCUGCUCAGGUCAUGGUAGCCACAAAGCAGAGAGUAGGUGGGCAGAGACAAGAAUCCCAAGGCCAUGCCCCCAGUGCCCUACUUCCUCUAAUCAUGCCCCACUUGCCUAUAAGUGUCCAUUCAGCUCUCAGUGGAUUAAUCCAUUGAUGGGGUCAGAGCCAAUCCCUUUCCCAAAGCCUCACUGGACAUUGCUGCAUUUGGGACCAAGCCUUUGAUGCAUGAGGUUUUGGGGGACAUUCCAUAUCCAUACCAUGGAAAUAGUCUUCAAGUGGAUAGGAUAAAAACAAGAGACCUUCUCCUCAUCAGCCCAAACUUUUCUUGUCUCCACUUUUUACAUGUAUCUGAGAAUCUGUUGCCAAACCACAGAGACAGAAUUGCAUUGAUGGGUUGUGCAGACCCAGAGUAUGCAUAGGACAUUCAGAACUUGGGUGCUGGAAUUGAGGCCAUCAUCAUCUCACCUGAAAAAUGUAACUGGACAUGAAGGGUUCAACCAUCAGUUUUGCAUAUUUGUUUUUCUACAGAUUUGCUAAUUUUUUUAAAAUCAGCCAUACUGUAUAGGGUGGAGUUCUGUUGCAUUUUGCUUUAAAAUGUUGGCUUCUUUCUUUUUUUUUUUUUUUUUUUGCUAUGAUCUGGUAAAUCUUAACCAUUAAUUGUGUCUUUUAGCUUGGCAUUCUUGUAGCAUAACUAGUUCUGAUGGCUGGGAAUAAAGGAAGAGGUCGUGCUGCCUAUACCUUUAAUAUUGAGGCUGUUGGAUUUAGCAGAGGUGAAAAGUUACCUGAUGUAGUGUUGAAACCACCUCCACUAUUUCCUGAUACAGAUUAUAAACCAGUGCCACUGAAAACAGGAGAAGGGGAAGAUUAUAUGCUGGCCUUGAAACAGGAAUUGAGAGAAACAAUGAAAAGAAUGCCUUAUUUUAUUGAAACACCUGAAGAAAAACAAGAUAUUGAAAGGUAUAGUAAAAGAUAUAUGAAGGUAUACAAAGAAGAGUGGAAACCAGAUUGGAGAAGACUCCCAAGAGAGAUGAUGCCCAGGAAAAAAUGCAAAAAAGCAGACCCAAAAUCCAAAAAGGCAAAAGAUACAGACAAAGGUACUUCACUCGCUAAUACUGCAGAUGUUUUGAAAAAAAUUGAGGAAUUGGAAAAGAGAGGUGAUGGUGAAAAAUCAGAUGAGGAAAAUGAAGAAAAAGAAGGAAGCAAAGAGAAAAGUAAAGAAGGUGAUGAUGAUGAUGACGACAGUGAGGAUGCUGCAGAGGAGGAGUAUGAUGAAGAAGAGCAAGAGGAGGAAAAUGACUACAUUAAUUCAUAUUUUGAAGAUGGAGAUGAUUUUGGUGCAGAAAGUGACGACAACAUGGAUGAAGCAACCUAUUAGCCAUAAAAUUUCUCAAGAAAAAAAUUAAUGAUAAUAUAGCUUCUAAGCAGUUGGACAGACUUGAUUUAUGUUUUGUUGAACAAAUAUUUGUUACUGAAAUAGUCAUAAUUGCUUUUAUACAUUAGUUACCUUUUAAAUUUAUCUGACACUCUGACAUUCCUCCUUAACAACUUUGCCAUCCCUCUUGUGUAUGUUAGUGGAUUUUUGUAUUAUUUGGAUUUGAUUAUGCUAAAGAGUUUUUGCAUCUCUUAAUCUAUGUAUUCAUACAUACUUGAACAACUUAUUCUUGUUUAACUGGUCUUUUUUGUAAAAUUAUUAGUAGUUGUAAUGGAUUUCUAUCACCUGAAGAUGAUUUAAUAUAGCACAUGGAGCACUUUAAAAACAAAGAAACUUGAAAAUUAUCUUUUACGUGCUAUGUUCUAUACUAUUAUGUUAUGACUCCUUAAACCUGCCUGGACUCUUAAAGUACAAACUUAUAAGAUUGGAGGUUUUAUGAUCAAAAACAUACAUGCAGGGAAAAAUGUCAGUCUGAUCUAUUUAAAUUUCACAUUUCACAUGUCAGCCAGUACAGAGAGGCUUUCAUUUGGGAUGAAUAUUAUAAAUACUUGAAUUUGGGGCUAACUUCAUACCAUACAAAAUAUGAGUUAGUGAUCCUCUGUGGUUAAGUUUGACAUGUUCAAAUAGUUGGGCUUUUGAAAAAUUAGACUGAAACAUCUUGUUUAUUACUUAAGUACAUAAGUCCUGGUUAUAUAAAUUUCAUGGUAGAAAGCAUGAGUGUGAAUUUGGUCUAAUGUAGUGGCCUCUAUUAUGCUUCACAGGACUCAAAGGCUGUAUAGUUGAUUAUAAUAUAGAAUUAACUCAGGUCAUUAAUCUUUUUUGUUUAACUUAAAAGCUAGCUCCCUGCCAUUUUAUAUUCUGGGGAGAAAAUGCCUAGAAACCUCAGCCUCCAAAAACUUAAAUAUGCCAAAGAUUUUCAAGGAAAUUCAUAUAAUAGAUUUCAAGAAAAAGACUACUUCUCAUUACCCACCAAAAGAAAUGAAGAAAAUUUAUUUUUACCUAUUGGGAAGAUAUUACUCAUUACCCACUAACCUGAGAAUCAGAGCCCUAAAUUUUAUUUCUAUUGUAAUAUUAAGUUCAACCGUGAAACUUAACUUGAUUAAUUUUCUGUGCCUUAGUUUUUCCGCUUGUAAAUUACUUCCUAUAAAAAGUGUUUAAACACUAACCAGAAUUUACCAUGUUUACAUUCUCUUACUUUAGAGAAAUAAAUGAUCAUAUCUUAAAAUUGAUUCUUACCUUUUAAAUAGUUGAAACUUAGAAAGUGACUGAAAAACAUUUUGAGAAACAAAUGUUUUCCUCAUAAUCAGGUUUUCCCAUCUUUCAUUUGUGGGGAAAAUUUGUAUUGUCUUGUGCAAUUUUGCAACAUGAUUGUCUCAGGAAAAAGAUCAUUUUCAAUCGCAAUACUUCCUCAAAUAAUUCAAGAUGGGUAUGAGAACCCAUCUUACUAGUUUAAUGCUGUACUCAUAGUAUGUGACUUUUCAUUUAAAGGAGUGUAUCAAAAGAUCUUAAGAUUCUAAAUGGAAAUAUGAAUAAGUCUUCUUUAAAGCUGCAAUCUAUUAGAAUAGAAACCUCAUAUGAAGUUUUUAGUAAUAAUGGCAAAGUUGUCAUUUGGGAAUAAUUAACAUAGGUGUUUUAUUCUCCCUUCCUUUGGUGUACCAGAGCCAAAUACCAUUUUGUUUAUAGAAAUCUUAUUUCUAUAUUUGUUUACUUCCUUUAUUAUAAAAGUGCAGAUCAAAGCUUGAACAAGGCAAAUACACUGAAGGUAAAGGUAUUUCUUUUCCUAGCUUUAUAUUUGUCGAGUCCUAAAGAUAGUUAGGCCAGCACCUUUGGACAAGGAUUUACUCGAGAGGUCCUGGCCAUCUCUCAUUUAAACUUAUUUCCCCACUUUGGAACAAUUUUUUACAAUUUUAAAGUAUGUUAAUCGUGAGAUCAGACAGGGUCUGAAUAUUGCUUUACUAGCACAAAUCAUCUUUUUCUUUUCUUUUUCUGGUUGAAGAUCUGAGACUGUGAAGUUAUUCCAUAGGAAGGCAAGAGAUAGCUUAAUAUAUACAUAUGUGUGUGUGUGUGUGUAUGCAUACACACACACACAUAAACACAAAAUACUUAUUGGUGAUGUGUCUUUAAAAUUAUUAUAACAAGCAAACCUGGUUGUUGUAAUGUUUAUUUUUCUGUAUUUAACAUUAAAUUCUUACAAAAUAAAAUUGUGUCCUUUUGUUUAAUAUUUUUAGUUUCAACCUUUAUUAAUAGGUAAGAAAAAGUAGUUUGUAAAUACAGGUUUUACAUAGUAACUAUGUAUUUAUUGAGCAGGGUUACCUCUGUGA